CACCACUCUUUUCCGCCUUCACAACCUUUCCUUCGGUCCUUCUUCUUACCACAAGUCUCGCGCUAUACCACUGUACCUACUCCAACCAUCACUACCGACCCAAAAUCACGAUGUCCGACGACGAUUUCCUUGAUGAUGCGUUGCUCGCGCUCGCAGGAGAUGAGGACGAAGCCGAAGAAGGAGAGGCCUCCGAUGCCGCCUCCCCAGCCAACUCCCUUGGCUCUGGAGCCAUGGACGAGUCCGACUCGAGCCGUGACAGCCCGGAUGCCACCGAUACCGCAGUCAUGUUUCCUCUGGAGGGUGUCUUCCGCAAUGAGCGGGACAAGGCCGACAUCAUGGCCCUUCCCCAGGUUAAGCGCGAGGAGAUCCUAGCCGACCGUGAGGAGCAGAAACAACAGAAGAACUUCAGCGCCCAACUCGCACGUCGUGCCAAGCAAAUCGAGCACAAUACCCAAGGUCUUGAUGAUAAGAGGAAGCGCAAGGCGAGCUCCGCCGAGCUGGAUGAGAAUCAACGCAAGGCCAGUCGACCAAAGGUCAAAAGCAGCCAGCAUCUCGAAGCGUACAAGCGGCAACGCGAGCAGCGUGGCCAGUUGCGCGAACGACAGAAUGACCGCCGCAAUCAUGGUCGACGAGAGUCCUCAGGUUCCAAUCGAGCAUCCGACAUCGAUGCAGAGGGCGAGAGCGAGGUGGAAUGGGACUCGGGUGCCAAGGCUGCGCAGGCCACCCGCGAGGAAGUUCCCCCCAACCUGAACCACUACGACAUGGCUCGUGUCGGUCGUGGCUUGUUCCAUGUGGUUUGCUUCUACCCAGGCUUCGAGGAGACUAUGAUUGGCGCCUUCUGCCGUGUUGGCUCCGGCCAGGACCCAGCGACCGGCAGGACUCUCUACAAGAUGGCCCAGAUAAAAGGAUUCACCACGGGCAAGCCAUACGGCUUCGAGGGCAAAGGAGAAAUUAAGGCUUGGACCGACCUGUAUGUCGUGGUGCAACAUGGCAUCGGCAAGAAAGAGUGGCAGUUCCAAUACCUCUCUAACCAGAAGUUCACGGAAUCAGAGCUUGAGACGUACAAGAAGCACCUGGCGGAGAACAACCUUAAGGCACCAACUCGAACAUUCCUCGAGCAAAAGGUUCACAGCAUCAAGGCUCUCGUGGACCAUCACUGGAACGAGGAGGAGGUCAACGCCAUGAUUGCGCGGAAGCAGAAAUUCAUGCACCUCGAGCAAGCCAGCAUCAAGGUCGCCCCUCCCUCGCAGUCCGAACUCGCCGCGCAGCGCAUUGCAGACCUCAACAAGGCCAACCGCAUCGCCAACUCCGAAUCCAUCCGCAAGGCUCUCAUCGCAGAACGUCGCCAACGCGAGCGCGAACAGCGCGAGCGUGCUCUCAAGAGGCAGAAGGAGAGGGAGGCGAAAGAAGAAGCUGAGAAGGCCAAGCUCCUCCAGCCACCGAAGUCCAACCUCGACGACCUCUUCGAAGCUAGCGACCGCAGCCGCUCGGGCACCCCUGCUACCUUGGCCAAGCCGUCUGGCACGAGCACCCCAGCCAAGAAAGAGAGGAAGGGCAUUCCAACCUUCAAGAAGCGCACUAUGGACGAUGACAUCAUCGCCAGCCUAGAUAUUGGCAUCGAGAUCGAUAUCUGAACCUGAUGACACUGCGAAGAGAUCGAAAGAGCUGCCUUCUUCCCUCAUGAGACUUGCUUACGGCGAAUGAAAGGUGGCAUCUGGUAUAGGUGUUUUGGCUGUUUUGCAUUUUCUGGCCCGGCAAAAGGCAUAGUCGAUCUUUCUAGGCGGCGACACUCUUGAUUAUGUUUGGGCGGGCCCGUUUCGAGAAGGCGAUGUCGAUUUCUGCAUGUUGAUGCAAUGAUGACUUGAUUCCUCUCGGCAUAUCGAGAAAGACUCUGUUGACUUGGAGUAUACUACC